AUGGCCUCAACCACCGAGUACGAAAUUUUAGAAACUCGAGGUCUCUCAGUCGACAUCCCAGACCAACUAGAUGAGAUUGUUCCAGGAUUUACAACAGUCAUCACGGAAUUUCAACGCGACAGAAAGAACCGUCUUAAUGCUGUCAACUUCUUCCUGGAGAACACCGAAAAGUCAAAGCCGCGACUCUUGGCCAACGAUGAGAUCGACUAUCUCAAAUUCCUGAUGUCGAAGCUACGUGCCAGCCUUCUUGAUGUACUGACUACCCAGCAGCCCAACCGUACUAACAAGCUCAGCGUUCAAUGGUACAUCACUGCUCUCCAGUGUGCAUUCAGUCAGCACAGAGAAGCCAAACACUUGCAGACCGGUAAGUCGCAGGAUAUCGAAGAUCUACUCGCCGUGCUCAGCAUCAAGAAUGACACGCAAGCCAGCGAAAAGAUCGAAGAGAUGAUGGAGAGCCUCAAGCUGUGA